UGAUCCCCCGAUCAAAACGGAGGGGGGGGGAUUUCCUCUUGUAGGGCCUCCGUAAAUUCAAGACAAUCAGCGGGGGCGAACCGUUCGGGAAGCGUCCGGCUGCUGCCGCACAUGUACUGGACCGCGUACGUGUAAUUGUCCGGCGCCGUCUGCCAGCGUGAAGCCGCCCCGCAGCCGUCCGGCCGUCUGCGGAUUCGCGGCGUUUUUUUUUUGUUUUUCGUCGGCGCUACUCGCUGCACACCUACUGUAAGCGAGCCGCCUCGAAAUGCGGUAAGAGGACCAAGGCGGGAGGAAAGAAAGACAGAGAAAAACAGACGGAAGACGGAUACCCAGCUCGACGCGUAUAUUCGCUCCUAAGCGCCGCGUCUUGGACUGUUUCUCGCCGCGAGUGAAAUCGUUUUCACGUCCGUUCAAGGGAGAGGCGGACAGCGCUCCCCACCUUUACCAGCAGCUGAGACGUCGGCGAAAGGCUCGGCCGUUGGAUGGAGUGACCGCCGCAAAGAACCGGCCCCAACGUCGUGUUUCCUAAUUCGCUUCGCCGAGUCUCACUGUCCGCCAGACGACGCCGGCAUCGCCGCUUCGAUCAGAGACGAGGUACAGCGGCUGGCUGAGCUCCGCACGUCUUUGUGUGUCUCCGGGUGCUUUUUCUCCAGUGCUGCCCCCCCACCUGUCUUGUCUGCUCCUGCUCCCUGGCUCUGAUGGUACGAGCUUACCUGUGACACUCGAGAGUGGAUAUCUGCUACCCCCAGCCCCAUCAGCAUGUCUGGGGUCCAGACAGCAUGGCCGGCCGGCACAGAGUGCGUCGCCAAGUACAACUUCCAGGGUGCCACAGACCAGGACCUGCCCUUCAGCAAGGGGGACGUCUUAACCAUCAUUGGAGUCACUAAGGAUCCUAACUGGUACAAAGCCAAGAAUCCAGUGGGCAGGGAGGGAACGAUUCCUGCCAACUACGUCCAGAAACGGGAAGGCGUCAAGUCAGGGGGCAAGCUCAGCCUUAUGCCAUGGUUCCAUGGGAAGAUCACCCGUGAGCAGGCUGAGCGCCUGCUGUACCCACCAGAGACGGGGCUUUUCCUGGUGCGUGAGAGCACCAAUUACCCUGGGGACUACACGCUGUGCGUUAGCUGCGAGGGCAAGGUGGAGCACUAUCGAAUCAUCUACCAUGACGGCAAGCUCACCAUCGACGAGGAGGAGUACUUCAUCAACCUCAUGCAGCUCGUGGAGCAUUACACCAAAGAUGCUGACGGCCUCUGCACCCGCCUCAUCAAGCCAAAGCUCAUGGAGGGGACGGUAGCAGCCCAGGACGAGUUCUCUCGAAGUGGCUGGGCUCUCAACCAAAAGGAGCUGAAGCUCUUACAGACCAUCGGGAAAGGAGAAUUUGGGGAUGUGAUGGUGGGAGACUACCGAGGGACCAAGGUGGCAGUAAAGUGCAUCAAAAACGACGCGACAGCACAGGCCUUCAUCGCCGAGGCCUCUGUCAUGACGCAGCUACGUCACAACAACCUGGUGCAGCUGCUGGGCGUGAUCCUGGAGGAUAACGGCCUUUUCAUCGUGACGGAGUACAUGGCCAAGGGCAGUUUGGUGGAUUAUCUGCGCUCGCGAGGUCGCACCGUGCUGGGAGGGGAAUGCCUUCUCAAGUUCUCCCUGGACGUGUGCGAGGCUAUGGAAUACCUAGAGGCCAACAACUUUGUACACAGAGACUUGGCUGCCCGGAACGUGCUGGUGUCUGAGGACAACAUUGCCAAGGUCAGUGACUUUGGCCUGACAAAGGAGGCGUCUUCCACGCAGGACACGGCCAAGCUGCCCGUGAAGUGGACAUCACCGGAAGCCCUCAGGGAGAAGCAAUUCUCCACCAAAUCGGACGUGUGGAGCUAUGGCAUUUUGCUGUGGGAAAUCUAUUCCUUUGGGCGUGUGCCUUACCCCAGAAUUCCUUUGAAGGAGGUGGUGCCCCGGGUGGAGAAGGGCUACAAGAUGGAUGCCCCGGACGGCUGUCCGCUGGUGGUCUAUGACAUCAUGAAGCAGUGCUGGACCCUGAACCCAGUGGAGCGGCCCAGCUUUCAGCUGCUGAGGGAGAAGCUGCAGCACAUCAUGUCCAAGGAGCUCUACCUGUGAGGAGGACAGGCCAUGGGCUCCGGGGGGGUGGUGGGGGGGGGGGGGGGGGGGGGGCACAUGAGGAGGCUGGUGAGGAGGCCUGCCUCCCUGGGGGGGUCCGCUCCUCGGAUCCAUACCAGCACUCUGGGACUGUAGACUCCCCCAAACCUCACGCUUACCCCAAUUCAGUUGUAGACCAACCCACCCCCCAUUAUUGUUGUGUAGCGCAUCUCGAGCCAUCUUCCCCACCCUGUGCCUCCCCCCUCCGUUUCCCUCUUUCUUCUUCACCUUUUUUCUCUCUCUCACCCUAUGGCAAGGAUGAGGGUAAGGCUGGCCUUUUCUUUUACACCUUGUCGCUCCCGGAAACCCCACCCUCCCCGUUCCUUGUGUGGGGCCAGUCCUGGCAGUGCGUUUGCGUGUAAGGGAGGUGAGGCCUUGCUGUGUGCCCAAGUGCCUCCAAACCAGUCCCCGCCCUCCCCUUGGCCGUGCCCCCUACCACCACAGACUGUUUUUAUUCCUUUUUUAAAAGUCGGUUUUUUUGUUUUUGUUUUUCUGCUUUUUACCCUCCCCCGGCUUGUGAGGCAGGCUUCUCUAUAAUCACAUUUAUCAAAAUGGAAACCAGUCCUGAAAUGGAGCGCCCAUUCCACCACCCCUUUCCUUCGGGAAUUCUGUACCGUGUGGAGGAGGACCAAUUCCGAAACGGUAGAUUCACAAUACGUGGGUUUGUUUCGUAACGCAAAUAUAUUUAAUGGACGACAAAAAUAAAAUUGGGGGGAAAAAAUACACCCAAAGGAUUGCCGGAGCAACAAAAGUAAAAUGUUCCAAGUGUACCUGUGAACACAUAGAGAGCUGUGCAUGCGGUGAGGCCUUGAAGUACUGUGCGUGCUAUCAAUGUUCAUUGUUUAUUAUGCUGCCAUGAUAAUGAAUAAAUCAUUCCGUCUGACCAGUCUAAAGAAAAUGACAAACGGGGGAAAAAAAAAUACACAAACAUUGAAAGUG